GUUUGAUCUAAUUAAGAACCAAAAAAUUUAUCAAGAACUCAAGGUUGUAUUAUUCUUUUGAUACCGGAUCAGAUGCCUUGAACUGUGAGAUCGAAACUCUGUACACAUGAGAGAGAGAGAGAGAUUUUUGCGGUUUUGACAACAUCUCCUUACAUACGUGGUAGCUCUUUGUUUGGGUCAAUAAUCAACCCCCUCCCUCUCUCUCUCUACAUUUUUAACAAAAAAAACAAAGUUAAAUUAGGUUAUGCAAUUUUUUUCUAUCAAAGUAUUGGAGGGAUCAAGGAGAUACUAUAGAGAUUAUAAUGGAAGGCAUCCUCGGAUUAUUGAAGUUGCGAGUGAAGAGAGGGAUCAAUCUUGCUGUUCGUGACGCCAAAAGCAGCGAUCCUUAUCUCGUUGCUACCUUGGAUGGCCAGAAAACAAAGACUAAGGUUAUCAAGGGGAACUGCAAUCCUGUCUGGGAUGAUGAAUUGACUCUCACCAUGAGGGAUCCCAAAACUCCAAUUAGUAUUGCUGUGUACGACAGGGAUAGGUUUAGCAAUGAUGAUAGUAUGGGUGUGGCAGACAUAGAUGUAAAACCGUACAUUGAAUGCCUUAAAAAGGGUUUGGACUUGAAAAACGUCCCAAAUGGUACCAAACUCGAACGUAUCCAACCCAAAAAGCAAAACUAUCUAUCCGAUGAGAGCUGCAUUGUUUGGGAGAAUGGAAAAAUUGUACAAGACAUGGUCGUUCGAUUGACAGACGUUGAAUGCGGUGAAGUUGUACUCCAAAUAGAGUUAAUUCCUGUUGCGGGUUGUAAAUUACAUGUCUAGAAAACCAUAUAUGGUUGGAUUUUUUUUCCUUUAUUGCCUACUGUGUAUGAAA